UCAAUAAACCAACCAUUUAUUUAACUUAUCUAAGAUGGAGAAACUUAUUGUCUUUGUGAUUGAAAAACUUGUUCACAAUCAUCUUCCAAACUUUUCUAUCCAACCAAGAACUUUAACUGUUUCAUGUAAUUAUGAUGUUACUUCACUUCAUCAAAGUUGACAUGCACAUACCAGUUUUGCUGCUACUAACACUUAGCUUCUGCCAUGUUGCGAAUUCCUUAUUAGACACCAUAACCUCCUCAAAUUACAUCCUUAAGGACCCUGAAACCUUAAGCUCCAACAACACUUUGUUCCACCUAGGAUUCUUCACCCCUUCUAACUCAUCAACCUUGUCCUACCUCGGAAUUUGGUACAUGUCCAAAUCCUCUGUGGUCUGGGUUGCCAACAGAAACCAACCUAUAAAGGAUUCUUCUUCAGGGCAUCUCAAAAUAUCUGAGGAUGGAAACCUUGUUGUCAUGAACCAACAGAAGCAGAUUCUUUGGUCAACAAACAUCACAAAUAUUACAUCCAACACAACGGCACAGCUUCAGAACACCGGAAACCUUGUGUUGCAAGAAAUCACCACAGGAAGGAUCCUUUGGCAGAGUUUCCAGCACCCUGCAGAUACUAUCUUGCAGAAAAUGGAGCUUAGCACCAAUGAGAUUACCGGCCAGAGAGUGAAACUCACCUCAUGGAGAACUCCUAAUGAUCCAUCCAUAGGAGACUUCACUAUGAGUCUUGAACCCCUUAACAUCCCUCAAGUGUUCAUAUGGAGAGGCACUCAACCUUAUUGGCGAAGCGGUCCAUGGAACGGUCAAGUUUUUAUUGGGAUACCUACUAUGAACACAAACUAUCUUGACGGGUUCUCCUUAGAUGGUGAAGGUCAAACCAACGGCACUUACUACCUCUCAUACAACUUUGCGAAUGUGUCAAUGAUGUAUGUGUUGAGUUCUGAUGGAAACCUUCAUGAAACCUAUUGGGAUUAUGCAAAGAGAGAUUGGAUUGUGGACUGGUCUGCUGUAAGCUCUGUGUGUGAUGUUUAUGGAGAGUGUGGUCCCUUUGGAAGCUGUGAUCCUAAAAAUUCACCUAUCUGCAGCUGUUUGAGAGGGUUUGAGCCAAAGAAUGCUCAAGAGUGGAAUAAACAAAACUGGAGCAGCGGUUGUGUGAGGAAGAAGCCUCUGCAGUGUGAUGAGAGAGUUAGAAAUAAUGGAAGUAGUGAUGGGUUUGUGAAGCUGCAAAAUGUCAAGGCUCCAGAUUUUUCACAGUGGUUGUCUUCCAUUGCUUAUGAUUGCAGAACUGAGUGCUUGGCAAAUUGCUCUUGCAUUGCAUAUGCUUAUGAUUCUGGCAUUGGCUGCAUGUUAUGGUGUGGAAACUUGAUUGACAUACAGCAGUUCUCAAUGGGAGGAAUUGAUCUUUACAUUCGAGUUCCCUCUUCGGAACUUGAGAAGAAAAAUCACACACUGAUCAUAGUUCUUUCGGUCAUAAUAGCAAUGGCUCUUGUUGUGGCUUGCGCAUAUAUCUUGAGGAAAAGGGCAAUCAGAGGAGUGAAAGCACUUCAAAGAAUUCAGAGAAGAAGUUAUGUUAAUGAUACAAGUCAAGUUGAACUUCCGGAGAAUUCACUAUUUGAGCUUGAAAAGCUUGCUACUGCAACAAACAACUUCCACUCCAAUAAUAAGCUAGGACAAGGUGGUUUUGGAUCUGUAUAUAAGGGUAGAUUGGAAGAUGGACAGGAGAUAGCAGUUAAAAGACUUUCAAAAACAUCUGGACAAGGUGUAGAAGAAUUUAUGAAUGAAGUUAUGGUAAUAUCAAAACUUCAACAUCGAAAUCUUGUCAGACUUCUUGGAUGUUGCAUCGAAAGAGAUGAAAAGAUUUUGAUCUAUGAAUACCUACCAAACAGAAGUUUGGAUGCACAUAUAUUUGAUCCGCCUAAACAAAAGGUAUUAAAUUGGGAAAAACGUUUUAACAUACUCGAAGGAAUCGCUCGAGGUCUACUUUAUCUUCACAGAGAUUCUAGAUUAAAGAUUAUACACAGAGACUUGAAAUUAAGUAAUAUAUUGUUAGAUGACGAGUUAAAUCCGAAAAUAUCAGAUUUUGGUAUGGCAAAAAUUUUUGAGAAUACUGAAAAUGAGGCCAAUACCAGAAGAAUUGUUGGAACGUUUGGUUAUAUAUCACCAGAAUAUGCUCUACAAGGACUAUUUUCAGAAAAAUCAGACGUAUUUAGUUUCGGAGUUUUACUUUUGGAGAUUAUGAGUGGCAGAAAAAAUAGCAGCUUUUAUGAGAAUGUUGAAUCUUUGAGCCUUUUGGGGUUUGCAUGGAAAUUGUGGAGAAAUGACAACAUAGCAUCACUAAUAGAUCCAGAAAUAUCAAAUCGAAGCAAUAAAGAAGACAUAACGAGGUGCAUACAUAUUGGUCUUUUGUGUGUACAAGAACUUGCAAGCUAUAGGCCUACUAUGACUGCAGUAAUUUCGAUGCUUAAUAGUGAGACUGUUAAUCUUCCUCCUCCCAAACAGCCAGCAUUCAUUCAAAUACAGACUAUGAUAGAUGUAGAGUCUUCUCUUAGAAAUGAUGGAGCAUGUUCCAUCAAUUACACGAGUCUAACAAGCAUCCAAGGAAGAUACACGAAACUAAUCAAAUGUCAGCGCAUUGUAUACUUUGAAUCAAAUCAAGCAAAACCAGAUCUUCCUCCACUCUCAAAACACAUUCAUUCAUUCAUUCAUCUCUCAGUGAUGGUUAUGGGACAAAGUAGUCACUUUAUAAACACACAAGUUUUGCUAACACUUUGCUUUAGUUUCUUCCUACAUGAUGCUGGAAGUUCCUUAGACACCAUCACUUCCUCUUACAUCCUUAAAGCCCCCGAAACUUUAAGCUCUAAUGAUGGUAUGUUCCAUCUAGGAUUCUUCACCCCUACCAACUCCACCUUUUCCUACCUCGGAAUCUGGUACAUAACCAAACCUCCUUUGGUGUGGGUUGCCAACAGAGACCAACCAAUAAAGGAUUCUUCUUCUUCUUCCUCUGCUGUGCUCAAGAUAUCUAAAGAUGGAAACCUUGUUCUGCUGAAUUCACAAGAUGACAUCCUUUGGUCUACAAAUGUGUCCAAUAUUUCAUCUAACACAACGGCUAAGCUUCUGAACACCGGAAACCUUGUGCUGCAAGAAAACGUGACAGGAAGGAUCCUAUGGCAGAGUUUCCAACACCCCACAAACGCUUUCUUGCAGGGAAUGGAACUCAGCACCGGUAACAUCAGCGGCGGCCAGAGAACAAAACUCACCUCGUGGAAAAGUCAUGAGGAUGCAUCCAUUGGGGAAUUCUCGAUGAGUCUUGAACGCCUGAAUAUCCCGGAAGUGUUGGUGUGGAGAGGGAGCCAACCUCACUGGCGUAGUGGUCCAUGGAAUGGUCAAAUCUUUCUGGGGAUACCUGACAUGGCAACCAACUAUCUUUUCGGGUUUUACUUAAGUCAAGAUAACGGCAAUACUAAUUACUAUCUUGCUUACAACUACGGAAAUCAUACUUUUCCUGUAUACUACUUAUUAAGUGUUGAUGGAAAUGUAUACGAAGUAUCUUGGGAUCCUGAAAAGAGAGAUUGGUAUAUCUCCUGGUUAGCUAUAAAUUCAGAGUGUGAUGUGUAUGGCAAGUGUGGAGAGUUUGGAAUUUGUGAUCACAGGAGCUCUCCGAUUUGCAGGUGUUUGAGAGGGUAUAAGCCAAGGAAUGAUGAGGAAUGGAGCAAACAGAACUGGAGCAGCGGUUGUGUUAGGAAGGAACCUUUUCAGUGUGAGAGUGAGAGUGUCAAAAAUAACAAAGAAGAUGGAUUUGUGAAGAUGCAGAAUGCCAAGGUUCCAGCCUCUAUCUUGUGGUCGUAUGCUGCUGAGGACGAUUGCAAAGCUGAGUGCUUAGGCAACUGCUCCUGCACAGCAUAUGCAUAUGAUGCUGGCACUGGCUGCAUGUCCUGGAUUGGAAGCUUAAUUGAUCUUCAGAUAUUCUCAACUGGAAGAACUGAUCUUUACAUUCGAGUUCCCUAUGCAGAGCUAGGUGAAGACAAGAAAAAUGUCACAGUGGUCAUUGCAGUGUCAGUGAUAGUAGGAACCACUAUCAUUCUCGCCUGUGCUUAUAUCUUCUGGAAAAGGAUUCAAAUCAGAGAUAGAGUGAAAAACAAACUAAGGAGAGAAGACAAUGACCUAGUAAAACUCCCAGAGCUUUCCCAAUUUGAGUUUGAAAGACUUGUUGCUGCAACAAAUAACUUCAAUCUAUCUAAUAAGCUAGGAGAAGGAGGUUAUGGACCAGUAUAUAAGGGAACAUUGGAAGAUGGACAGGAAAUAGCAGUGAAAAGGCUUUCAAGAUCAUCCGGGCAAGGAUAUGAAGAAUUUAUGAAUGAGGUUAUGGUAAUAUCAAAGCUUCAACAUCGCAAUCUUGUUAGACUUUUUGGAUGUUGUAUAGAAGGAGAAGAGAAGAUUUUGAUCUAUGAGUACAUGCCAAACAAAAGUCUAGAUGCAUAUAUGUUUGAUCAAUCAAACCAGAUACUGAAUUGGGAAAAACGUUUUAGUAUAAUCGAUGGAAUAGCUCGGGGUUUACUUUAUCUUCACAGAGAUUCUAGACUGAAAAUUAUACAUAGAGAUUUGAAGUUGAGUAACAUACUGCUUGAUGAAGAGUUAAAUCCAAAAAUUGCGGAUUUUGGCCUGGCAAAAAUUUUUAGUCGAACCGAAGAUGCAGUCAAUACUAGAAGAGUUGUUGGAACAUACGGCUAUAUGUCACCAGAAUAUGCUAUGGAAGGACUAUUUUCAGAGAAAUCUGAUGUAUUUAGCUUUGGUGUUUUGCUGUUGGAGAUUGUGAGUAGAAGAAAAAAUACCAGCUUUUGUGAAGAUUCUAAAUCUUUGAGCCUCUUGGGAUUUGCAUGGAAUUUAUGGAAUGCUGAUAACACUGCAUCUUUAAUAGAUCCAGAAAUAUCAAGUUCAUGCAACAUAGAAGAUAUAAAGAGGUGCAUACAUAUUGGUCUUUUGUGUGUGCAAGAACUUGCAAGAGAUAGGCCUACAAUGACUGCAGUGGUUUCAAUGCUUAAUAGUGAGACUGUUAAUCUUCCUUCUCCCAAGCAGCCAGCAUUCGUUCAGAGGCAGACUCUGCUGGAUAUAGAGUCUUCUAUGACAAGUGAUGGAUUAUGCUCCAUUAAUAAUGUGAGCCUAACAGAUGUCCAAGGAAGAUAAAACACUUUGUUUGGGAUACAGCAAAAUUCUGAACAAUAAUGUGACACUAACAAAUAUUCAAAGUUUAUUUUAAGAAAAAUCUCAUGUAUUUUGCAAGGAUGCAGAAUCUUUCAGUCUUUUCAGGAUCUGUAAGCUUCUCAUGUUAGUUACCUUCCUUUUCAAAUUAAAAGUCAGUAUUUAAUUUUGAUGAUGUCAUGCAGACUUUAAAGCUUAAGCAAGUUCAUGUUUGUAAAUUUUUGCAGGCAUAGAAUUUAUGGAAUGCUGAUAAGGUUACAUCUGUAGUGGAUCCAGCAGUAUCAAGUUCAUGCGACUUCAAAGUCGAAUAAAAAAAAUAACUAGAAAAAUAGUUAGCUAGCAAAGAUUUUUUCUUUAAUACUAGUUAAUGACUUCAAAAUAGCAAAUUGUAUAUUUUAAACGAGUGGGGUUAAGCGACUAAAGUGCGAUAUUUCUUUCCCUGAAGAAACAGCUAUGAUAAGCUUAAAACUUAAAAGCCUUCAAAUUAUUUGCAGUGAAGAUAUAUAUUUAAAUUACAAA